GUUGAUGCUCGCUCACUCGCUCUGGGAGCAGAAGGUGGAAUUGGCUGGAAUAUGGGUGGGUAAAGGAGAGGAAUUCCACCACUUUGCGCUAAAUUGCCCUAAUUUCUUUGCGUUUGCGGCUUGAGCGGAAUUCCGGCGGGGUCAUAAGCCUGUGAGCGGCGCGCAGGAGAGAUUGGCCACUUCGCUACCAUGCCUGGAGCUGCUGCGGGCGCGCACUGGCACACAAUGCUUCUUCUAGCCAACUUGCGCGCGCAAUGAAUCCCUUCAACGAGACUCGGACUGAGACGCACGAGACCGGGACUGAGACGCACGAGCAGAACUAUCUGUUCGCUAUAGGCACCUACAGACUGCUCGCCUUCAUUAUCGGUACCAUUGGCGUGCUGGGCUUCUUCAACAACGUGGUGGUCAUCAUACUUUACUACAGAUUCAAGAGACUGCGCACGCCCACCAACCUCCUGCUGGUCAACAUCAGCGUCAGCGACCUGCUGGUGUCCAUCAUCGGGGUGAACUUCACCUUCGUCUCGUGCGUAAAGCGGGGAUGGGUAUGGGACGCGGCCACGUGCAUCUGGGACGGAUUCAGCAACAGCUUGUUCGGUAUCGUAUCCAUCAUGACGCUCUCUACUCUUGCAUACGAGCGCUACAUUCGAGUGGUACAUGCCAAGGUUAUAGACUUCCCCUGGGCCUGGAGAGCCAUAACCCACAUCUGGCUUUACUCACUGGCCUGGACCGGUGCUCCUCUCCUGGGCUGGAACCGGUAUACCCUGGAAGUGCACCAGCUUGGCUGCUCCCUGGACUGGGCAUCUAAAGACCCCAAUGAUGCAUCCUUCAUCCUCUUCUUCCUCCUUGGCUGCUUCUUCGUCCCUGUUGGGGUUAUGGUCUACUGCUAUGGGAAUAUUUUAUACACUGUGCACAUGCUGCGCUCCAUUGAGGAUCUGCAGACAGUUCAGAUCAUUAAGAUCCUGCGCUACGAGAAGAAAGUGGCAGCCAUGUUCCUGCUCAUGAUCUUCUGCUACCUGCUGUGCUGGACACCCUACGCCGUGGUCUCCAUGCUGGAGGCCUUUGGCAAGCAGAGCGUGGUUUCCCCCACCGUCGCCAUUAUCCCGUCCUUCUUCGCCAAGUCCAGCACGGCCUACAACCCUCUUAUAUACGCCUUUAUGAGCAGAAAGUUUCGUCGUUGCAUAAUGCAGCUGCUGUGCACACGCCUGGCUCGCCUGCAGAGAAGCAUUAAGGACCGCCCCCUGACCCGCACUGACCGACCCAUACGGCCCAUUGUGAUGUCGCAAAGCCGUGACGAGCGGCCCAAGAAGAGAGUGACUUUUAACUCCUCCUCCAUCGUCUUCAUCAUCACCAGUAAUGACGCGCACUCUCUGGAAGUCACUUCCAAGUUCAGCGAGCCACCAGCGGUCAAUGUCAUCCAAGUGCGUCCUGUCUGACUCUGUCCAAGGAAUCUGUAGCCAUUACAAUGAAACAGUUCCUCACUCUAAGAACUCAUGUCCUUCUGUGCUGUGAAGAAACUCAUGUAAAGCCAAUGUUGAUCUGAGUGAUCAUUCAUAUCUACUAAAAAAGACCUUUAACCAUACUGAACCUCAGUCCACAAACCUGUGAAAAGUAUUUAUUCAACACCACUGACUGAUUUUCCCUCUAUAUGUGUGGAAAUCGUAUUAGUUAUUACAGUAUUGUAGUUAAUAUUAACUACUUACAUAUAUACUUUUUUACCACUUUUAUUUAUUUACCUAUUUAUUCAUAAACCAUAAACAAUAACAUGAAUUUAACCCAUUUUUAAUUGUGUCUAAGAAGGUAAAUUAAGGAAGUAAUGUAUAAUAUGCUGACAUCUUCUAAAGAAAAUGUAUUAAAGAUGAACAGAUGGACCUUUUCAUGUGCAUAGAACUCUAACCUAUUCUAACCUGUACUAUUAAACAGAAUAUACUGUAUACAGUCAAGUUACAAUAUUAUGACCGUCUCCUUGUUUCUACACUAUAUACACUGUCUACAAUGUUCUUCAAUGGUCUGAGCCUCACAAAGCAGGUUUUAUUUGGAUGGUGGAUCAUUCUCAACACUGCAGUGACACUGGCAUGGUGGCGGUGGUGUGUUGGUAGAUCAGAUACAGCAGUGCUGCUGGAGUUUUAAACACAGUCUCCACUCGCUGCACACUCUAUUAGACACUCCUAUGGAGCUGCUCAUCUUGUUGGUGAUGCUGUUGGCUGGAUACUUCUGAUUGGUGGACUAGUUUCAGUCCAGCAGGGGUGCUGAUGUGUUUAAAAACUCCAACAGCACUGCUGUGUCUGAUCCACUUGUACCAGGUCAACACACACUAACACCUCAUACACCACCACCAUGUCAGUGUCAUUGCAGUGCUGAGAAUGACCAAACACCUAAAUAAUACCUGCUCUGUGGUGAUCAUGUGGGGUCCAACCAAUGAAGAACAGGGCAAAAGAAUGCAGAGAAAUAGAGACAGGACUACAGUCUGUAAUUGUAGAACUACAAAGUCCUACUCUAUGGUCAGUGCGCCUGAUAAAAUGGGCAGUGAGUGUAGAAACAAGGAGACGGUCAGAAUAUUGUGACCUUAGAAUACCACCUUUAAUUUGUAUAUAUCGUCGCUGUCCAAUAAAAACACUUAUCUCCAAAACAGCAACUUUGCAGGAGAGAGAAAAAAACUUGUAAAUUUUAAAUGGAAGUCAAUGUAAAAAGAGUUUAUUCCAGGUCAUUUUGAAGAGUUUCUAUUGGUCCGUUCAUCAGGAAAUUUUGGCAGAGUUUGAGGGACAGUUCAUCUGUUCUAAUUAUGUACUAAACUAAAAAUGUGUUUUUCACAGGACAGCGACGACAUACUGUAAGUAUUCUCCGUGGCUGUUUGCAAUCUCAUAUUUGUCAAAACCCCCAAAUUUCUACAUUUUUAGGUCACGAAUCCAUAUGCACCUGAUAACUGUGCUUGUCUCUGGUUAACAAGCACAGUUUCCAAGCUGAAUAAAAGCAGUGGGUUCCUCAAGGACUUGCCUGAGGUGACUGGUGGAUGAUAAGGAUGAGUGUUGAUUAGUUUUUUAAUCAUUAAGGGGUUCAUCUGUCCUUCACCAGUCUGAAAGAUCAUCAGAGCCGCAGAACAAAUUUGACUUUGAGAUGUUGAGAUGGGCUUUGUAAAUGGGAAAAUAAGUCCAUUUCUAAUGGAAUUCUACCUUCUCAAAAAUGUACAGAACCAAUAAAGAGGCUUUCUAUUUA